AUGUCGCUUUUUCGCACUGAUGAUCGCUCCUCUCUCUUCCUUACUGUGCCAGAGGUGCCGCAGCAUCUCCAGAAGCGUCUAGAGGAUUUCGUCUCACGGUCGCGUCAGGGCCACGCUGAUAACUACACGUCCUACAGUUUCCCACUGGAUGUUCCCAUCACGAUGUCUGAUGUCGAGCGGUGGGGCCACCGCCUUGAGGAUAGUGCCCCGCCUCCGGCGGCACCGAACGCGGCAUUUGUGGGUGGUGGCUUCAUGGAUCCAGCGGCUGUGAUUUCUAUGGGUGAGGGAGUCGAGCGGGAGCGUGCCGUGCACAAACUCGCCCCGAUGAAAUUAUUUGACCCGAGGCGGGUGGAUCGUACGCCCAUGACAAAAAUUCUCAUGCACAGACGCACGUGGUUGCCGUACCGUCAGCGAUUGCCAGUGUAUCAGUGCCGUGGGCCUAUCCUUGAUGCCCUGCGCAGUAGCCAAGUCCUGGCGCUUGUGGCCUUCCCCGGCAGCGGUCGCACGCUGCAGAUGCCGCAGAUUAUAUCGGAGACAGAGAUUUUUAAGAGCAAGCGUCUAAUUGUUGUGUGCUCGACGAGUCUUUCAGCCUGCCGCACAGCUGAGCGAUUGCGGGAGGAGCGUGGCGAGGCCGCCACCUCCAACGUGGUGGCUGUAUGUGCACCCACUCGCUACGAGGUGGCGGAGGGGACACUGAUCGCGGUAACCACGCCUGAGAUGCUCGUCCGUCAGUUGUUGUGCGAUCCUUUACUACUCAACGUUGCUUGUGUCAUUCUGAACGAUGCACAUUUGCGAUCACCCACUACAGAGCUGUGUAUGUCGCUGCUGCGCAGUGCAUUACGGGUGCUAAAGGAGGAACACGGCGUAAAAAAACGUGGUGGGUCUUUGCAUGUUGUAGUGGAUUGUUUUGAGGAUACCACUGCCGCGGCCAUUGCCGAAUUCUUUGGUAAGGAGUACACUGUCCGCUUAAAUGUUUCUCAGGUGUUGCAGGAGGACCUCAAGGCAUCUGCUACGGAGUCGCAGCAGAUCAGCCAAACGUGGUCUCCCCCGAGUGUGAUGCUGCUUGAGGAGACCAUGCAGUGGCUUGCGAAGUGUGAGGAGGAGGGUAGCUGCAUUUGCCGCGACCCGGGAGAGGAACUUCGCAACUACGUGGAGAACAUCGGUGUGGUGGCGAAGAUUAUGGCGGCUGAGGAGGCGGAGUUUACAAAUAACGAAAAACUCCGAUCCUACUGGUGCCCAAUCAUUGUGCAGGCUGUGAGGCACUACGACCGUGCGGAUCGCGAAGAAUCGCUGAGGCGUGGCGAACAACGGCAGCAACAAAGCCAAAAGAAACUUCUUCCCGCCGUUGUAGUCGUCGUUCCAAACGCCUACAUCGCCUCGGUAGUUGAAGAGGUGCUUCGUCGCGCGAUAAUUGACACCGCAGUUAACGCCGAAGAGGAUACCGCACCCGCAUUUUCGUUGCACCUCCUGCUGGAUGCUGCCACGAUGCAGGACGUGGAGGGUGUGCUGCGCUCCGGCGACGCUGCGAAGAGCGAAGGAAGGCGAUUGGUGCUCCUAACGACGCCCACCAUGGUACACUCGGCUCUCCCACCAACGUGGGAAAUAGGCCUUGUGGUGGAUUGCGCACGACGGUCCUACGCGGCGUACGAUGACACUGCGGACGCCGACGUCUAUGUCACCACCUACAGUCGCGUGCAGGAGCUACGCUACCGCCGAACGAUUGCCCGUCUUCGCCGGGGCGAGGGCGGUAAAGGUGAGCAGGACGCUGCUCAGUCACCCAUGUGCAUGGUGGUUCAACUAAUUCCCAAAUCCAUCCUCUACGGCACUAAACAUCGUCACAUCAGUGUGGAUCCUGGUCACCACGCCAUCUUUAAUAUGAGCUGGGGCGAGUACGUGCACCUCUAUCACCUCCUGCAAGCACGAGAGGAGGGGCUGCGUUGCCGGGAAUCGAGCACAGUGGCUGCAAAUUCAGGGAAUAAUUAUACCUUGUCCUCGGUGUUGGCGAACCUGAUCCCUGCCACCUUCAUCGGUGUACCUAAUGCAUCCACAAGCCGCUAUGAAAAGCUGCGUCGUACCUUCGCGGCGGUCGAGCUGCACCUUCAGCGACUGGGGCAUUUGGAGUGUGCAACGGCCGACUCCGCCCCACGAUUAUCGCCACUCGGUGUGGCUGCCACCUGCUUUGCGUGGCCCCUUGAGGUUGUGCGCCUUUUGCUUUUCUCGCGACUCGACGACUGCGUCUUGCCGGCGAGUGUUAUUGCGGCAACGUGGAUGGUGGGCAAUAUGUUCUUCGACGGCGUGGCGGACAAGGAGACAGAAGAGUUAAUGAAGGAGGCCCGGGUUUUCUUCUCGCAUGACUCUGGCAGUGAUGUGGUGAGUGUAUUUAACGCCUACCACACCUGGCUCUGCUCGCGCAAAGUCUCCAGUGAGGCCCACGACGCCUUUUUGGAGGACACUUUAACCUCGGAGCGGGCGUUGAUGCAGAUUGAGGCUCAACACCUAUCGCUGCUGCGCGUACUCGAGACAACCGGGGUUUUCCGACUGCCUUCAAUCUGUAAGCGGUCGUGCGGCAACGGAGACGACGCGGCGGCUGCGCAGAUCGCAACAGCAACGAAUAGCGUCAAGACGACUAGUAGUGCUGCAACUAGCAUAGAUGCGGCUACCGUGGCGUCCCGCAUCCUUGAAAUACCGGUGGAGGACUUGCGCGAAGGAGAAAUGAUCCUUCGUUGCGUGACGGCUGCAGCGUAUCCGUCCUGCGCCGUUCCACAUCGCGAUGGAGUCGUGUCGAAAAUUGGCUUUACAGACAAGAUGAUAACUUCAACGGUGCCUGGUUCCAGCGCGGUCGCCUCUCGAACGAUCCUGCAGCCGGCCAUCUUCUCACCUAGGUCCGUGAUGAGCGUGGAGGAGGUGUAUCACCGUCACGCGGAGCGACCGUUCCUGUAUUUGGACCGCACACGCGUCGCGGAUAAAGGGUUUUACGUCUUGGAGGAGGCAAUACCACUCGCCACGGAUGCCGCUGUUGUUGCCUGCGGCAAUUGGCACGAGUGGCCAAAGUCACCGGCAACACGCUGUCGUGGAUGGACCUCGGUAUUAACACAUGCCUGGCGGCAAACCAAACUUGCUCGGUCUUUGCCUCCUCCCGCCCAGCUGCCUGCAGUUUCUGUACGACUAAGACCGUACGACACGGUUCAGGCGCAGCCGGUCCUUGUGCAGACCGAUGAUACCUUUUCUUUCAGUAUGCGGUCAACAACGGCAAGAUGGCUGCAGCAGAUGCGGGAGCAAAGCCGUCGGCGACUGCGCGCACUGCUCUGUGAUAAGUCAUGGCCAGCAAGCAGCGAUGCGCCACUUGGGCUGAAGGAGGCCUGGGAAUGGUGGUCGAGGCGGGGGCAUGGGGCUCAAGAUUGGCUGCGAGAAGAGCGUGCCAGCCACACUGCGUCAAACAGUGAUGUCGCAAACUCUGCUGAGGCAUUGCUGUGUCCGUAUUUUCAGUACAGUUCCAAUCCAGGACGACCGACUGCAGUGGUGCCUUCGAGGAGGCACACCAGCUCUGCAAUGGCAUUGCCUUUUGCUGCGGUUUCUUCGUCAGCCGCCACAGCUGCUGCCACCGCCGGCGGUGGUGGUGUUUCCUUAGCUGCAGCCUCCGAUACAGCCGGGAGGCAACCGACGGCCUACGUUGGCAAGCUGCCCGACCCUGUGAUGGAUAAAAACAUUCAGCAUGUGGCACAAAGCAUAGCCAAGGCCCGCUCCCGUGAGCAAGAGGCCACCUUUUUGAAGAUGUACCCCGACUUAUUCGCCUUUCUGCACCCUGAGCAUGAGUUUCAUGGCUACUACCUUCACGUGUUGCGGCGCAUAGACCCGGAAUUAGAGAUCCUUGGCGACGACUUGGAGGAGCUUGAAAAAUUCCUCAAGGAACUGGAAGAGGAGGUGCAGCGGGAGGUCGGCAUCACGGCAACCGGCGUCGCUCCCUCCUACGAGGCGCAGCCCUAUACUGCCGCCCCCGCAGUAGAUGAUUCAAUUGGCAAUGCGCAAUAUCAAUUUCAGGAGGUGAAGGCGGAGGAGGAGUAUAUGACGUCGUACGGUAUGCAGGUGGAAACAGCUGCAGAACAUGCAAGGCGGCCGCCGGCGUUAUUUAAAAUGCAUGAUGGGCGUAUGUCUGGGCCAUCGGCGGUGGAUGAAGCAAAGUCGGCAAAAAGCGUGCUGGGAGCAGCGGGCGAGGAAGCUCCCACAGCGUCCUCUUUCUUCACUCAACCCACUGCGCCUGUGAAUGUAGCUGCAUCUACUGUGCCCCAGGACAGGCCUCUAGAUAUUGCACCGCUGAAAAAACCCAUUCCGGUGGACCCCAAUGCCUCCAUUGGGAACUUUACAUUUGAUAGAGGACCAAAGACGGAGGCCCCGGCUUUGCACGGUAGCGAGGCUGCUGAGGGCAAUGGAGAAACGGGCGGUGCCGGUGGUGGACUGACGCUGAUGGAGCGUCUGUUGGCAAUGAAAGGAGGCACGUCCGCGCCAGUGGAGCACACAGCUGCGCCGGUAACAGUUUCUGCCCCGGUGGAGCAUUUGCCACGGCAGAUACCCGCAGCUCAGACGACGCCCUCCGUGAGUGUUGGAGUGUGGCCUGCCACAACGCUUCCACCUCCUCCGUCACCGGUGCCAAAUCUCGCCGCUGCCGCGUCUGCGGUUGGUGUGCCGGUGGGAGCAGCCUCGCAGGAAGCGCCCGUGGCCGCAGCAGCUGCUGCUGUUGCCGCACCAAGCGCCCCUACUGCAGCCGAAUUGCUCGCGUUGAUGGGCAUACUCUCUCCCGCGCCAGCCGUAAAUCCACUCACCAUCCCCCCACCGCCGCUUCCCGCGGAGGUUGUGGCCAACCGCCCUCCAUCCAUCCUUGCCUACCCGCUGCCAUCUCGUGAGUUUGGCAACAUUCCCCUUAUCCUCGCAAAGGCGCUGGGAGAGACAAUGGGUGUGAAGGUGGGGCCCACACGCAUCAUUGGCGCAAUCGCACGUAUCGAUGUGCCCAACCACAAGGUGGAGGCGCGGGCACUGGAUCUCAAGUCCUUCACCUGUGUGGGAAGGAAGGUGAAUAUUUUUAAAAAUGAUCGUAUUAUUGACGGCGUGCGCCCAGCUGUUCCUAAAGGACAGCCGGCAAAGCCGACACUGCACGAGGAAGUGGCGGGCCAGCCUCGCGAGACGGACUACAGCCCCGAAGGAGCGAAGAACGAGGACGAGCACGGUAAUGGGAGGAGUCACGCGAAGCCGCCGCUGCAAGAGGCAAACAACGAGGGCGGGUCUGUCUUCUUGCACUACCCUCAGUGUUUGCCGCAGGACGAGCGACGCGAGCACCCGGCGGAGGAACCAGCGGUGCCAAAGAAGUUGUCUCACCCGCUGCAGAUUGGCAUCCUAACCGACUCGGAGGAUGACGAGGAUUCCUCCGCCAGCGCCCACUCCUCCGAGGCAGUCGGGCCAUGA